AUGAUCGCCAGAGGUGAGUUAACGGAUUACCUCAUGACAAAGGAGCAUGCAAAGCCUCGCGAGGUCUAUCCCCGCAAGGUAGAAGGUACGCAAGUAAAAGUCAUCCAUGCAAUACAUGGCAGGUCUGAAGAUGAUCAAGAGUCCAAGGAGGUGUAUAGAUCCAGAUUAAAGGCGACCCACAAGCUCAGGAAGAUAUCCUCGGUCAAUGCUAUCAAUUCUGGUAGCAUUAGUAUUGGAUUCGGAGAUGGCGAUCUAUCCAGAGUGCAACUCCCCCACGAGGAUCCAUUGGUCAUCAGUCUUUUAGUGGCCAAUUGUAUGAUCAGGAGGGUUUUGGUAGAUCCAGGAAGUAGCGCUAACAUAAUCACAAAGAUGGUCUUUGAUCAGUUAGAGAUCACGUCAUCAUCUAUUCGACCUACCUCCAGCCCGUUGAUGGGAUUCGAUGGCACAAGAGUAGAUCCCCUUGGAGUAAUAGACUUGUCCGUAACCGCGUCGAAGAGGACUCUAAAGGAGAACUUUGUUUUAACAAAGAUCCAUCCUUUUUACAAUCUCAUCAUGGGAAGAUGUUGGAUACAUCGGAUGAAAGGAGUUCCGUCCACCCUCCACUAG